AUGGUUAUUCUUUUAAAGAUUGAUGACCAGGAGAAGAUUUUUUUCAGCUUGUAUACUGUUGUAUCAGGUCGUACUGCGGUGUUAAUACUGGCAAGAGGAGGUUCAAAAGGGGUACCGUUAAAAAAUCUUUGUCGCGUCGGUGGUGUUACGCUGCUGGGCAGGGCCAUUACUACCGCGAAACUUGCGAAUUUUGAGGACGUCGCCGUAUCAACGGAUCACCCAAUAAUCGCUUUGGAAGCUUUAAAACACGGUGCGCGGGUUUUUAAAAGGUCCUAUGUAACGGCUACAGACUGGGCACCAUCAAUAUGGGGGGUACAAGAGUACGUUGCUUCUAACAAUGGGGUUAAUAUUUUGGUUUUAUUACAAGCCACUUCUCCCUUUACACGAUCCGAAAGCUUAAAACGAUCUCUAAAGAAACUUAAUCAAGUGACACCCUAUGAUUGCGUUUUCAGUGUAAUGAGAAGUUUUAAACUAAGAUGGAACUGGAAUGGUUCUAGUUAUCUUCCAAUAAAUUUUAAUUUAAAAAAACGUCCAAGGCGUCAAGAUUGGAGGGGAGAAUUUAUUGAAACUGGAGGAAGCAAUCAUAUAGACAUUACUUCAUCUAUAAAGAUUAUAAUGUCUCGAGGUUCAGAAGAGGUCACUUUUGAAUAUUUAGAAGCCACAGAUGUAAUAAGUGUUGAGCUGGUGCCCGAACGAAAAGGUUUAAUUUUAAAGCAUUGUGAAUAUUAUGUAAGCUCUCGCAGACAUGGUACCACUGUUACACGGAGAUAUAAUGAGUUUGUUCAGCUGUUUGAGGUGCUGGCGAGUAAAUAUCCAUAUCGUGCUAUAUGUGGCCUCCCGCCGAAACGAGUCGUAGUGGGCGGAGGUAGCCCCCUAUUUCUUCAACGACGGAGAGCAGCACUGCAGCGUUGGUUGACUUUAGUUGCGCGACACCCGGUAUUGGCGCACGAUGCAGAUCUGAGGAUGUUUUUAUGUGAGAUCAACCUUAAAUUGGAGAAACCAAAGCAUGACGAAUUUAUUUUGGCUGGCACACAAGAUGAUAAUCCUCGUGGCAUGACAACGGAUGAAAUGCAAGCAGAGUUUGGAUGUGAACAAGAACAGCUCCGCCUGGUACACCUGGGUUUAGCGAGGUUAUGCAAAAUAUUCGAAAAAGCCGAAUCUCGCUGUGAGACAGAGUGUGCUGAUAUCCGUGAGUUGGGGGCUGGACUCAGUGCCCUUUCAGUUUCCAAUAAUGCCGAUACAACAAGAUGGACUGUGGUUAGGGAAUCUAUGAAGGCAGCUGCACAAUUAGCAUUAGAGAGGUGCGAAUCACCCGAACUUUCGGAUGAAGAGGGACAGCAACGUCUCCUACUAGCGUUGGACGCGUUGGUAGCGUAUAAGGAGCUCUGCUCGCGUCUAACACGCGGCUUGCACGCUGAACGCGCCGCUGCUGCCGCUAGUGCACCGCACUCGGCUGCAUCGCGUCGUUUACGCGACCGGCAUCAUUACGCGAUGCGGUGCGCUUUAGAGGAAGCACGUGUAGCCCGCGCUUAUGCUCUGUCAGCGCUCGAGACACUUCCCGCCAUUUUGCAUAUAUUGGGAACUGCGCACGCGCGUAUCGCAGCUUGCUGGGCAGACUUGCACACGGCCCUUAGACACGCUAGUAUUAAAGCUAGCCACAGAUAA